AGGACUACCAUGGGAAGCUGUGAAAGCUUUCGACCUGCCACCUGGUGUGAAUCCUAUCAUAGAGGUCAGCGAUCGGUCAACGAUGAUCUCAGGGCGUCCAGCCGAGUUUGAGAAGGCAGUCGAAGCAUUAACGUCACAGGGCGUCUUUGUCAGACAGAUGGGACCUAACAUGGGUGCACACAACAUUGAUGUGAUGGCCCCAGCGCUGCCUGGGUUAAAGAAGGCACUACAGGAGGUGAUUCCGAGCCCACGGCGGGCAUCCCAUCGGUGGAUUAGCACAGUGUGGUCCGAGGAGGAGUGGGACACCAGAGGUCGCCUCUGCUCACCGGACUACGUAUUGACAAAUCUCGCUGCAUGA